GAUAUGGAGAAAAAUAAUCUCCGUAGCUGCAAAAUCUUUUAGCACUGAGACUAAGACUGAGCUUGCCUGUAGCUUUCAAUGGACACUUUUUGGCUAUAUUUAACGAGUUUUCAAUUACUGGGGUUCAUGAGAAUGGCAUUAUGAAACCCUUCUGUUUUUGUACUCUUUCACUGUUCCUCUUCCUUUUCUGUCGAUAGAAUUUUAGUGCCUCAACCACAGUCCGAGGUGAUCUCGUACGUCUGCAACCUGCCUAUGUAAAUUGCACCGUAAGUAAUAAGUGUCAAAUGUAUUGGAAAAGGGGAGUAAAGGAGCAGAAUGGAGAAAUGGAUGUAACAGGAUGUAGCAUCGAAUAGAAUCCAUGCAAGAGAAGUCUUCAACCAAGGAUAACUAUUCUGAUCAUCAUGUGGAUUUUGCUGCUGGGAAUGUACAACUUAUUACUUCCAAAGAAUCUUGGGAUCUGAAGAUGGAAGAAGCAAGAAAAGAUGGCAAAAUUGUGAUUGCAAACUUCAGUGCAUCAUGGUGUGGCCCUUGUAAGAUGAUUGCACCUUAUGUCUGUGAGUUAUCAGAGAAAUACCCGUCAAUCAUAUUCUUAGUAAUUGACGUUGAUGAACUCACUGACUUUAGCACUUCCUGGGAUAUCAAAGCCACUCCAACUUUCUUCUUUCUCAGAGAUGGGAAUCAGAUUGACAAACUGGUAGGAGCCAACAAGACUGAGCUGCUGAAGAAAAUUGUUGCCAUUACUGACUCAAUUGUUGAGCGUCAAUAAGGACUUGUUUCCAACGGCAAGAAGCUGUGGUUCUCCUUUAUCAACUCUGUAUACUGUUCUUGUUUUGCGUUCUGGAUGUAAAUAUUGGAUUUCGCAACGAUGUCAUUCAUUCAAAUUGGCGUCACCAUGUUCUAGCAAGUCUGUUUUGGAAAUAUAUAAAAAGUUGCCUUGUUUAAA